UCCACCCUUCGAGUGUCAAGAUGGCGGACGUGAGCUCAGGAGAAGACGAGCAAGAUUCAUUUGUCUUCUACCGCGAUAGAGACAACUGGAAGGACGUAACUCCAAUCCAACAAGAUGACGGACCCAAUCCUGUUGUAUCUAUUGCGUAUUCUGAACGAUUCAAAGAUGUUUACGACUAUUUCAGGGCAAUUCUUAAAUCUGGAGAGAUGAGUGAACGUGCUCUUGCUCUUACUGAAGAUGCGAUUGGUUUGAAUGCUGCGAACUACACAGUAUGGCAUUACCGCAGGUUGCUCUUAAGAGCAUUAAACAAAGAUUUGAAAGCAGAAUUAUCUUAUGUCAGUGAAGUGAUUGAAGAACAGCCAAAGAACUACCAAGUGUGGUAUCAUAGACGCAUGUUGAUUGACUGGCUGAAUGAAGCAAAUCAAGAACUAGAAUUCACUAGUUCUAUCCUACGUCCUGAUACCAAGAAUUACCAUGCCUGGCAACAUCGACAGUGGGUUAUCAAGAAAUUUAAUCUUUGGGACAGUGAACUGGAAUAUGUGGACAAACUAUUGACAGAGGAUCUCAGGAACAAUUCUGCUUGGAAUCAGAGAUAUUUUGUGCUGUCACAUCUGGGAUUUACUGACGAGGUGAUUCAGCAAGAAGUAAAGUUUACCAUGGAACUAAUUGAAAAAGUUCCAAACAAUGAAAGUGCUUGGAACUACCUCAAAGGUGUCCUUCGCAAACAAGGCCUCAGCAAUUAUCCGGGACUAAAGGACACUUUAGAUGAGAUGUACACCAGGGGUAUUGAUUCUCCAUAUCUGAUGGCAACCUUGAUUGAUAUCUAUGAAGAGGAACUAGAAAACAAGAAGGCAGAGCCAAGGACUCUAGAUAAGGCAGUUGAGCUGUGUCAAAAGUUGUCAACUGAUGUGGAUUACAUUAGAAGGGAAUACUGGAACUAUGUGUGCAGGGAUUUGCAGAAUCGAUUUGGAUGAUAGAGUACCAACUUCAGGAAUAAUUAAUCAUCAGAUCUGCGAUUGUUUUUUAAAGGAAAGUAGGGUGAAAAAUAAGUUUACCUUAAUUUAUCUAACUCUGGGAAUAAUCUGAUUCCAGUCCAUAUUUACCAUAUUCCACUCUCCCCCCCCAAUCCCCCCACCUCCUCCAUGGGGGAUGAUGAAAGAUCAUUGUGAGUAGCCUUCAAAUUUUUUGAAAAAAUUGAAGAACAUUCUUGUGAAAUGCUGAUUUUUGUGAGUGACAAUUUGUCAACCCUACUGGAGGAACAAUUUUAAAUUCUGAAGGGCUAGAAGGGUUUUGAGAAGGAUAUAUGUUCUUUAAUUUCUUUGAAUAAUGGUGAACAAAGAAAUUAAACUCAUUAUUUGCAGCAAAAAGGGCUGGUAAAAGGUUCAAAUAUCUUAACUUUUGACCCAAAAAAAUGUACAAUUUAUUAAUGUUAACAGUUUGUAACAUGUUGUAAAAUAAUAAUACAAAGAAUAUCUUUCCAUUGUGUUUCCGUCGAAAAAAUAAAAAAUAGUGAGACAAUGGUAAUAAUUAUUGUAGAAUUUGGUUUUCGCAGAAUAUAAUAAUAUUAUCCAAACAUCAGCUGUUUUAUCUGCUGUUCAGUGUAUAUGUGGAUUCAUGAUAGCGACCUUUUGCAAAUAAGGCUUAGAUGCUAGUCUUUACAGAUCACGCACUAGAUUUUUUUCUUUCAGUUGUCAUUAUUAUAUUCAUCUGUUCUCUAAUCUUUGACAAUGUAAGGUAUUCAUGAAGGAUUCAGAAUGCAAAACCAAUAAACCCACAACUAUUCAAUUUCCUUUGGUCUUUUAAACCUGAUAAGUCAUGCUCAGGAAAACCUUCCAUCGCCUAGCAACAACUGUUACCAUGGAGACCAAAAUAAAGUACUUUCCAUUUUGCGACGAA